AUUUCCGGUCAGAAAAAAAAAAUAAACAAAGCCGGAUAAUCCUCGUAAAUAGUAGUACAAAAAGUACUGCGAUAUAGAAUAGAACAAGUAUGCAUGGGUAGAAGCUAAUAAUGGUAAUUGUGGGUAUUUUAUGAGCAAGUGAUGCAGAUCAGUAAUAAACAAUAAUAAACAAAUCAAAUCCUCCCUCAUAAUUCCUCGACAUACAAGACAUCUAUUAUCCCUUUGAUGGAUCUUCACACGUUUCAAUAGUUAAUUGUUUUUUUUAUUCAGUAUUUUGUCUGACUUAUAACUAUAUCAUCAAAUAUGAUUGAUGAAUUGACUCCUCCGGAGAAGCAUCAUAAGCAUAAUGUUAUUAUUAAAUAUAUACUCAUUAUUAUUUCCUUCUUUGGAUCUAUGAUCUUCGUUAAUAUCUUAGUGACUGGGUCAAUAAUCCAUCAUUUCUAUAACAAAAUACUUGGAAGAUAUCACUUCGAAGAAAUUGACUAUUCAAAGAAUAAGCAUGGUUAUAUACCGAGACAAGCGUAUCCUGAUAUCAAGAAUUUAAAGAUUGUCGAUGAUAUACGAUACUAUGCCUUACAGUUAAAUUUAGAUUUAGAAGAGCAUAUAAUAACUACAGAAGAUGGAUAUGUUUUGACUUUACAUCAUCUAAUCGAUCCCAAAGAAUCUCAAGAACAACGACAUUCCAAAAAGCCUGUAUUAUUCCAACAUGGACUUAUGUCCUCUUCGGGAGCCUUUUUUACUUCAGGUUUUAACUCAAUUCCAUAUUAUUUCCAUGAAAAGGGUUAUGAUGUAUGGUUAGGUAAUAAUCGAUCCUAUUUUCAACCUAAACAUACAUUUUAUGAACAUUUGUACACUAAUGAACAAUUUUGGGAUUGGGAUAUUAGAGCCUUGGCAUAUUUUGAUAUGCCAGCAUUAAUUGAAAAUGUUCUUACCCACAAACCAAAUCAUUCAAAAUUGAUUUUGGCAGGCCAUCUGCAAGGUGGAUGCCAAACCUUUAUUAUGUUAAGAAAUCCCAAAUUAUCACAUAUUCAUGAUAAGAUAGAAUGGUUCAUACCGUUGGCUCCAGCAUGUUUUCCGGGUCCAAUAUUCCAUAGAUCAGGAUUUUUGUUAUUUAUGCACUCUCUAAGUGAAACAGGAUUCAUGAUAUUAUUUGGUUCUUGUGGCUUUAUAAGAUAUUUGAACUUUUUAAGGAGGUUCAUGGCUACUACUCCAAUUUAUCGACCCUUAUCGUACUAUAUGUUUAAUUAUUUAUUUGGUUGGGGUUGUAAAAAUUGGGAUAGUAAUACAAAAGUAUGGAGAAGUUUAAUGUUAUUUAAUGUUGUGCAUAUAUCUACAAGAUUAAUGAUAUGGUAUACAAGUUCAUUUUUAGAAGAAAGUUUUGCUAAUCAAUUGUUACCUAAGAAAGCUUAUAAAACAGGAGAGAAUCAUUUAUUUAAUCCCGAAGCUAAACAAGGACCACUUCCAACUCCUAAAAAGGCAUAUUUACCAUUUGAGAAUGCAUGGUUUGAUGGUUCCGACCAUACGGUUCCUAUCAUCUUAUUCACAGGUGGAUCGGAUGAUAUGGUGGAUGGAGAUAGAUUAAUUACUCAUUUAAGACAUUAUGAACCAAAGUAUGAAGAAGGUAAAAAUCUUCAUAUCUUUAAAGUCCCAGAUUUUUCUCAUUUAGAUUUAAUUUGGGCUGUUGAUGCCAUUGAUAAAAUAGGAAUAGAUACAGUCAAUAUUUUACAGGGAGUAGAAAAACUGGGAUCCUCGAAUUACGAUACGCCUGCAGCAGUCAAAGUUGACAAGGGUAAGAUCGAAGAUCUUGCUUAAGAUCUCCUGUUAUUUAUAGUAUGGUAUAAUCAUUUCUUUAUUUAUUUUAUUUAAUAAUAUUAACUUAAAACAGAUAUCUCAUAAUGUGCGGUAAGAAGCGGCUAUUGAUUCAACUAGUCAUUCGUUUAGUAAGUGGAAGGAGCUGUCAAAGCUGGUGACUGAAUUAUUUUGUGGGGCAGGGCUUAUUUUGCGUUCCUUAUAUAUUGCGGUGUGGAUGUUACGGC